CAUACUUGCUCAGUCAGUCAGUCAAUCUCAGGCACUUGCAGGAGAAGUCACUUACCAUCUGGACUAGCAGUGGGACAAGACAGGAGAACUGUGAGCUGCACCUGUCCCAUACACACACACACUCAGGGGAAAGAUCACACACAGCCUCUAUGUGUGGCUGGGACCAGAGCGUCCUGGCUGCUUCUCAUCACAGCUCGGCCAUGUUGACUACUGAGGGAGCACCCUACACCGUGGACAGCGAGGAGCUCAAGAUGGAUGUAGAGGAUGUAGAUAUGACAAAAUGGACGGAGGAAGAGUUCAAAGAGAAAUGCACGUACAUUGUAAAAGACCACACCUGGGAGGGUCCUCUGGAGAACCCAGAACUCACUCGGGCCGAGGCGUCCUUACCCAGAAACCUGGCCUUCAAACACCCACCAGACUCUAAAGAGGUUAUCGGUGUAGUCAGCAGAGAAUACAUCCCCAAAGGCACACGGUUUGGCCCCCUUGUGGGAGAGAGUUACACUGCAGAAAAUGUCCCCAAAGAUGCGAACAGGAAGUACUUCUGGCGGAUAUACACAAAUGGAGAGUUCCAUCAUUUUGUGGACGGACUGGAUGAGGAGAAGAGUAACUGGAUGCGUUAUGUGAAUCCAGCUCAUUCCCAGCAUGAACAGAACCUUGCUGCCUGCCAAAACGGCAUGAACAUCUAUUUCUACACCGUGAAGGCCAUUCCUGCAGACCAAGAGCUACUGGUGUGGUACUGCCCUGAGUUUGCCCACCGUCUCAACUACCCUGCCUCUGGAGAGAUUAUGAUGCAAAAACUCAAGCAGAGCCUGAUCGAAGCCACACAGCAAGCGACUGAAGUCAAGCACCCAGUGAAAAGAGAGCACAGCGUUUCAGAGAUUUUGAAAGACGUACUGCAAGAACCCAGCAGACCACUUCCCACCCGUCCCCGCUGCCCCAACAGCCCAGACCGACCUCUUUACCCGAGUGCUGUCUAUCCACUCCGCCCUUCCCUAAAUGAAGACUUUCUAAAGACAACCACAGUAUUUGGGCUCCCGAACCACUCACACAGACAGUGUACAGUGACACCCAGCCCUUCAGCACACAGCAGUCCGGAGAGCAGUCCAGAAAGCAGUCCCACACCAGCAUCCCUUGAGCCAAGAGACACCCUUCUCUCCUUCUCUCCAGCACUCUACAGUCGUGGCCUAAACCACUACCCAGGCUAUUCACCAGCAGGCUCCAUGCCAUUCUACCCUAACCCGCACUACUCACGCUACCUCAUGCCCCACUACCCUGUUAGUAGUUUAAAUGGGCCACCUACUUUGGGUGGUAUAUUUCCACACAUGUACCCUUUUUAUAGCAGCUUGGUACCCCCUCAUGUUCCCUUCCCACAUGGCAUGCUUCCACCCGAGGGUAGCCGACAAUUUCUGCUUCCACCUGACUCUCCGGUUGCCAGGGACAUCCUGCUCCCAGCGGCCACCAGUGCCUUUUCUCCAGCCACUUCUCUGAAAGACAGACCAGUCCAUGGUCAUGGGCACCCCUAUGCUCCCGCUGGUAGGUCUCCAACAGCCGGCUCUGCAGCCUCUACAGGACGUGUUCCUACCAAGCCUACCUCAGCAAUCCUGAGUACUAGCCGCUCCGAGGAUGAGGCGAUCAAUCUCAGCAAGAUGAAACGGGGUUCCGCAGGCUACAAAAGUCUAGAUUACCCACUUAAGAAGCAGAAUGGGAAGAUCAAGUAUGAGUGCAAUGUCUGCACCAAGACUUUCGGUCAACUUUCUAAUCUCAAGGUGCACCUGCGAGUCCAUAGUGGUGAACGACCUUUUAAGUGUCAGACCUGCAAUAAAGGUUUCACUCAGCUGGCCCAUCUGCAGAAACACUAUUUGGUCCACACGGGAGAGAAACCCCACGAGUGCCAGGUGUGUCACAAGCGUUUCAGCAGCACUAGCAACUUGAAGACCCAUUUGCGACUGCACUCUGGUGAAAAGCCUUACCAGUGCAAGAUCUGCCCAGCCAAGUUUACACAGUUUGUCCACCUCAAGCUGCACAAACGGCUGCACACACGAGAACAUCCACACCAAUGCCCGCAUUGCCACCGCAACUACAUCCACCUCAGCAGCCUGCGGCUCCACCUCAAAGGCUACUGCCUAGCAGUCUCUCCUUCUCCCAGCUGCAGCCUGGAUGAGCUCAACCGCGUCAACGAGGAAAUUGAACACUUUGACAUCAGCGAUAAUGCAGACAGACUGGAAGAAAUGGAGGGAUUUGAUGUGGAGAGCAUGGUAGAGAAACAGAUCUUAGGCCUGCUCUGGCAGGAGAUGGAUUUUAAGGCGUCUUAUCACAAAGGUAGCACUGGAGGAGACCUGCACCCCCCACCACCUGCAUUAUCUACAUAUCGUCUGAACAAGCAUGGCAGUGAGGCCUCUGUCAUCAAGGUUCAUUGCAGUAGCCCUAUCCAGCUCCUACCUAUCAAGGUUAAAAAGGAGACAGAGGAGGCCAUGGAUACCUAGCCAACUAGAGGCUUGCUGAGCGUUUGCCUGACUAGCUGUCUAGGCCAGGUUAUGGACAGCCACAAAUAUACAUAAUUCUUCUCGAAGAAUCAGGCUAUGGCCUUUAUGUUCAGGGACUUCAGUACUCAGGGCUAACAGACAUUGAUCCAGUUCAUCAGUGGUCCAGUAUGUCCUACACAAAUUAAAAAGACAAUCAUAUUCUUUUAUUAAUAUUAUUAUUAUCGUUAUUAAUAUUAUUUGCUCUUCUUUGUGUUUAUUUUAGUUUGUUACAUAAUCUAUUUAAUUUAUUGUUGAACGCUUCAUCCUUCACAACCAAUACAUGGAAAUAAUGUUUACAAUGACUGGUCAAUUUGUUGUAAUUUACUGUUUUAUAUAUUUUCUUCUACUAUAUUCUUUUGUGGAUAGUAACUGUAAAUAGUGUCCCAGUUGACUGUGAUUUCAUGUGUGACUGCAAAGAGCUCACCACAUUCAGGUUUGUUUUUAAUGUGGGCUUAAGUCAGAGGUAGAUCUUUUUGUUGAAGGCAUUUGUUUUUUUUACUAUAGGAGAGGUCAGAGAAUACAUAUCUAUGUGUACGUGUUUUACAUAACAUUUAUUCUCUUAAUGUUGAGCUCUACAAAAUCUAAUGAAUACAAAAAGGGCAUAUUGUAUAUUACCAACAACUGUUACCUCAAAUGUCUGAGUGAGUGUAUGUGUAUGUAUGGUGUGUGCUUGAAUUGAGAUACGUCAAAGGCAUAUGUGAUGUUUGUUUUGCUACUUGAAAAGAAAAUCAAAUGUCCCAAUGUGCAGGUCUACAUGUGGUCCAAAGAAUAGCAGUCUGUCUAGCUGUCACACACAGGCUGUGAGACUGACACCGACUCUGCAUUUUCUUACUUAUGUGUGGCACAUUACUGAAACCAAAAUGAUAAAGAAAUGAGAAUGUGGAAAUGAUAACCAAAGUAAACUCUUUCGUUUAUUUUCAGAGAUGUAUGCAAAUGCAGUAUGAGCUGCUGCAACUGUCUGCUCUGCGGGUCUGUGAUGUUGUUUAUGGACACUCCUCAUCACUUUGGCCUUUGUAUGCACUGGUUCUGUAUUCUUUUGUCUUAUGUUUGUACUUUUUUUCUUUGUUUUUAAUACGAUUUUUUCCAGCGGUAUUAGUAGGACAGUUUAUCAGCAGCAUGUGCUGUGAGAUAGUAGUAUCUCAUACACUUUCUGUCCUGAAGUAUGACCAAAGUCUACACCUCAUCUUCAGCUUUAAAUUAAAGAAAAAAAAAAAAAAAAAAUGAUUUCUUUGUUUACAUUCUGGUUUAUGUAGCUAUUUAAGUACAGCUUUGACAAAAUGUAAAUUAUAAUAUAAAUCUUUACUGAUCUUAUGCAUUUUUGUCACUUGUGUGUUUUUUCAUUAUACAUGUAAAACAGGGCUAAAGGCACAUUCUCCUCUAAACCACUAC